AAGCAUUAAAUUUUAUAAAAGAUUCUGAAAAAAAAAACUAACAAACAAAAAACUUUCUUUUAUUAAAUAAAAAAUGUUUGAUUUCAACAAUAACUCUCACCGUCGUUACAACCCUCUCACCAAGUCUUGGGUUCUUUGCUCUCCUCAUCGUACUCAAAGACCAUGGCAAGGACAACAAGAAAAAGCUGAUAUGGCAAAGAGACCAGAAUACGAUCCCAAGUGCUAUCUUUGUCCUGGUAACGUUCGAGCUAAUGGUGAACACAAUCCUAAAUAUGAUAGUACUUUCCGUUUCCCCAACGAUUUCGCUGCUGUAAAGGUUGAUCAACCUGAACUUCAAGCUAAUGAUGAUGACUUGAUCAAGGUUGAAGGUGUUCGUGGUGAAUGUCAUGUCAUCUGUUUUUCUCCUCGUCAUGACUUGACUUUGGCCGAAAUGUCAGUUGAAGAAAUCAAGAGUGUUGUUGAUAUCUGGACAAACAGUUACUUGGAAAUGAAGAAGAAGUCGGAUUAUAUCAAUCACGUUCAAAUUUUCGAAAACAAGGGUGCUGCUAUGGGUUGUUCUAAUCCUCAUCCUCAUGGUCAAAUGUGGUGUACUGAACGUGUCCCAGAGGAGCCCUCUAAGGAAUUGGCUGCUUUAAAGGAAUACAAGGAAAAGCACGAUGGUAAGUGUUUAUUAUGUGAUUAUGCUCAACGCGAAAUGGCCGACCCUGAACGUAAGCGUACUGUGUUUGAGAAUGAUACCUUCUUGGUUGUCGUCCCCUUCUGGGCUGUCUGGCCCUUCGAAGUCAUGGUCUUGCCCAAGACUCAUAUUGGCUCUUUACCUGAAAUGAAUGAAAAGCAAAAGGUAGACCUCGCUGAUGCUGUUCGUCGUGUUACCUGUCGUUAUGAUAAUUUGUUCAAGACCAGUUUCCCUUACUCUAUGGGUAUUCAUCAAAAGCCUUUCGAUGGUGAAUAUGACUAUGCUCAUCUUCAUCUUCAUUAUUAUCCUCCUCUUCUCAGAAGCGCUACUGUUCGUAAGUUCCUUGUUGGUUUUGAAAUGCUUGGCGAACCUCAACGUGAUUUGACUCCUGAACAAGCAGCUGCUCGUCUUAGAGAUCUUUCUGAAGUUCAUUACAAGCAUGAACAAGUGAAUGAAAAUCUUUAAAAAGAAUUCCUAUAUUUGAAGCAUCAUUUAUUGUAAAUAUUAUACAACUUCAUUUUCUUUAACCCCCUUAAAUUUUUUUUUUUAUUUUUUAUAUAAUAAUAUAAAUAAAGUUAUUCUCAUGUCAUCUGGCU